AUGCCCAACCGUCUAGGAAUCGGGUCCAUGUCCCUAGGCCGCCCCGGGAUCCACGACUUGCCCACCAAACUCCAUCAAGCCUCGCGGCAUGGCUACCAAGGCAUCGAGCUCUUCUUCGACGACCUCGACUUCCUGGCCCGUUCCAGCUUCAACGGCUGCCUCAUCGCCGCCGCGCACGAGGUCCGCCGGCUCUGCGACACCCUCCGCCUCUCCAUCAUCUGCCUGCAGCCCUUUCUCUUCUACGAGGGUCUCCUCGACCGCACCCAGCACGAGCACCUCGUCACCGAAAAGCUGCCCCAAUGGUUCCUCCUCGCCCGCAUCCUCAACACAGACCUCAUCCAGAUCCCCUCCAACUUCCUCCCGCCAGACCCGGCCACCGGCGAGUCCCGCACCACCGGCCAUCUCCCCACCAUCGUCGCCGACCUGCAGCGCCUCGCAGACCUCGGCCGCGCCCAGUCCCCGCCCGUCCGCUUCGUCUACGAGGCCCUCGCCUGGGGCACCCACAUCGACACCUGGGAGCAGGCCUGGGACGUCGUCGCGCGCGUCGACCGCCCCAACCUCGGCCUCUGCCUCGACACCUUUAACCUCGCCGGCCGCGUCUACGCGGACCCCGCCGCGCCCAGCGGCACAACCCCGCACGCCGAGGCCGACCUGCACGCCUCGCUGCAGCGGCUGCGGGCGCGCGUCGACGUCGCCAAGGUCUUCUACCUGCAGCUCGUCGAUGGCGAGCGCCUCGCCGCCCCGCUGGACGCGCACCACCCGUUCCACGUGCCCGGCCAGCCCGCCCGCAUGAGCUGGUCGCGCAACGCCAGGCUGUUCCCCUUCGAGCCGGAGCGCGGCGGCUAUCUGCCUGUGCUGGAGGUGGCGCGCGCGUUCUUCGAUCUCGGGUUCGAGGGGUGGGUGUCGCUCGAGCUGUUCUCGAGGACGCUGGCGGACCCGGACCCCGCCACGCCCGAGGCUCAUGCCAUCCGGGGGUAUCGGUCGUGGGUGAAGUUGGUGGAGGCGUUGAAGCUGGAGGUGUCUCCUGCGUCUGUGUCUGCGUCGUCGUCAUUUGCUUCGGGUGCGUCUGAUUCGUCGGCGUUGCAGCAUCGUUUGUAA